AUGCCAUCCUCUGUGUGCAGUGCAGAUUGUGGUCCUGGAUUCAGAAGAUUGUCGAAGGAGGGAAUGGCAACCUGCUGUUUUGUUUGCAGCCCCUGCCCUGAAAAUGAAAUUUCUAAUGAGACAAAUGUGGAUCAGUGUAUGAAUUGUCCAGAAUACCAGUAUGCAAAAGCACAACACAAUGCAUACAUUCAGAAAGGUGUGAUCUUUCUAACAUAUGGAGACCUCUUGGGGAUGGCUCUUGCCUUACUAGCCUUCUGUUUCUCUUCAUUCACAGCUGUGGUUCUUUGGGUCUUUGUGAAGCACAAUAACACUCCUAUUGUGAAGGCCAAUAACAGAAUCCUCAGCUACCUAUUACUCAUGUCACUCAUGUUCUGUUUACUGUGUUCCUUUUCCUUCAUUGGUCAUCUUAACAGGGCAAUGUGUAUCUUACAGCAAAUCACAUUUGGAAUUGUAUUCACGGUGACUGUUUCCACAGUUCUGACCAAAACAAUCAAUGUGGUUCUGAAUGUCAAAGUCACAGAACCUGUAAUAUGGUUGAGGAACUUCCUGGUUUCAAGAGCACCCAACUACAUUAUGCCCAUAUGUUCCUUAUUACAAUAUACUCUGUGUGCAAUCUGGCUAGCAGUUUCUCCUCCCUUUGUUGACAUUGAUGAACACUCUGUGCAUGGCCACAACACAAGUGUGUGCAACAAGGGCUCAGUUACUGCAUUCUACUGUGUCCUGGGAUACUUGGCNUGCCUGGCCCUUGGAAGCUUCACUGUGGCUUUCUUGGCCAAGAAUCUGCCUGACAGAUUCAAUGAAGCCAAGUUGUUUACAUUCAGCAUGCUAGUGUUCUGCAGUGUCUGGGUCACCUUCCUUCCUGUUCACCAUAGCACCAAGGGCAAGGUCAUGGUGGCUGUGGAGAUCUUCUCCAUCUUGGCAUCCAGUGCAGGGAUGCUUGGAUGCAUCUUUGCACUCAAGAUCUACAUCCUUUUAAUAUGACCAGACAGAAAUUCUAUUGAAAGGGUAAGAGAUAAAUCAUCUUCAAGAGUUAAGGAAAAAAUUCUCUCUGAACACAUAUAUUAUGGAUUGUAA